AUAAUUUGAGGGUGCAAAAUGCAAUUUACCCUUUAAAUCAUGUCAAUUUGCUCACCGUGCGUUCGGACCAGAAACCGCAUUGCGAUUUCAACAUCAGUUUUGACUAAUCAGUCUUGAAAUGGGCAACGCCCCCAGCAUCGACGCGCCGCCCCACGCUCCGACCGCCACCUCACCACCCAACGGCGGCGCAGACUCCGAGACCUCCCUCCCCACCCCUCCCGAAUCGCCACCACAUCCACCCGGCUCCCUCCCCACCGGCGCCAUCCUCGGCCGCCCAAUCUCCAACGUCCACUCCGCCUACAAUUUCGGCCGAGAACUCGGCCGCGGCCAGUUCGGCGUCACCCACCUCGUCACCCACCGCGAAACCCGUCGCGCAUUCGCCUGCAAGUCGAUCGCCGUCCGAAAACUCGCCGCCCCCGACGACGCGGCGGCCGUCCGCCGCGAGGUGCAGAUCAUGCACCACCUCACGGGCCACCGGAACAUAGUGGAGCUGAGGGAGGUGUUCGAGGACCGACGCCACGUGCAUCUGGUGAUGGAUUUGUGCGCCGGCGGCGAGCUCUUCGAACGGAUUGUCUCCAAGGGGCACUACUCCGAGCGCGGCGCCGCGGGCCUGUGCCGGCAGAUUGUCACGGUGGUGCACGCCUGCCACUCCAUGGGCGUAAUGCACCGGGAUUUGAAGCCUGAGAAUUUCUUGUUCUUCGAUUCCGACGAGGAUUCGCCGGUCAAGGCUAUUGAUUUUGGUUUGUCUGUAUUUUUCAAACCCGGAGACACGUUUAAGGAUCUUGUCGGAAGUGCAUACUAUGUAGCACCCGAAGUUUUGCGUCGAAAUUACGGAGCAGAGGUUGAUAUUUGGAGUGCCGGAGUAAUGCUAUACGUUUUACUCAGUGGGGUUCCACCUUUCUGGGGAGAGAAUGGGAGGCGAAUAUUUGGUGCUGUAUUGAGAGGUCACCUCGAUUUCGAGUCUGAUCCAUGGCCCACGAUAUCGAGUAGUGCAAAAGAUCUUGUAAAGAAUAUGCUACAAGCCGACCCCAAAAAACGGCUUACUGCAGCUCAAGUCUUGAAUCAUCCAUGGAUGAGAGAAGACGGAGAUGCAUCCGACGAGCCUCUAGAUAUUGCCGUCUUGACGAGAAUGAAGCAAUUUCAUGCAAUGAACAAACUCAAGAAAGUUGCUCUUAAGGUGAUUGCAGAAAAUCUUUCCGAAGAAGAAAUCGUGGGACUGAAGGAGAUGUUUAAAUCCAUGGAUGCCGAUAACAAUGGAAUGAUUACUUUCGAAGAAUUAAAAACCGGUGUGUCGAAGCUGAACACGAAAAUUUCUGAAUCAGAAGUUAGGCAAUUAAUGGAAGCGGCUGAUGUGGAUGGAAAUGGAACUAUCGAUUAUAUCGAAUUUAUAACAGCUACAAUGCAUAUGAACCGAAUGGAGAGAGAAGACCGUCUUUAUAAAGCAUUUGAAUAUUUCGACAAAGAUAGUAGCGGGUACAUUACCACGGAAGAAUUGGAGCACGCGUUGAAAGAAUAUAAUAUUGGUGAUGCUAAAAUUAUAAAAGAAAUUCUUGCCGAAGUAGAUAUCGACCAUGAUGGGAAGAUUAAUUACGACGAGUUUGUUGCGAUGAUGAGGAAAGGCAAUACGGAUUUGGUCACAGAAUGGGCAGCGAAAUUAGAUUUAUAAUGUAAUCUCGAUAACGGGUACACGUCUUUUGAUGCUUAUUACUAAUUAAUUAUAUGAAAAGUAAUACAAUCGAUACUUUUUAUUCGAAGUUUUCGAGCUUU